CCGCCUGGAGCCGGGAGCCAGUAGGCUGAACGCGGCUGGGAGCGCCUGAGAGCUUCGAGGUGGGGGCGGGCCCGGGGGCGGAGGCCCCUGGAGCGGUUGCCGCGGGGACCGGACGGUGACGCUGCGGGAGGGCGGAAGUGAGAAAGUUGCCGGGGUCCGGAGAAGAGUUCGCGGAGGUCUGCGCGCAGCGCGGCGAUGGGGGGCUCGGGCAGUCGCCUGUCCAAGGAGCUGCUGGCUGAGUACCAGGACUUGACGUUCCUGACCAAGCAGGAGAUUCUCCUAGCCCACAGGCGGUUUUGUGAGCUGCUUCCCCAGGAGCACCGAGGUGUGGAGGAGUCCCUGCAGGUGCGAGUGUCCUUGGAGCAGAUCCUCAGCCUUCCAGAGCUCAAGGCCAACCCCUUUAAGGAACGAAUCUGCAAGGUCUUCUCCACAUCACCAACCAGAGACAGCCUGAGCUUUGAGGACUUCUUAGACCUCCUCAGUGUGUUCAGUGACACAGCAACCCCAGACAUCAAGUCCCACUAUGCCUUCCGCAUCUUCGACUUUGAUGAUGAUGGAACCCUGAACAGAGAAGACUUGAGCCAGCUCGUGAACUGCCUCACGGGAGAGGGUGAGGAUACCCGGCUCAGUGCUUCUGAGAUGAAGCAGCUCAUCGACAAUAUCCUAGAAGAGUCUGACAUCGAUAGGGAUGGGACCAUCAAUCUCUCUGAGUUCCAGCACGUCAUCUCACGCUCACCAGACUUUGCCAGCUCCUUUAAAAUCGUCCUGUGACAGGAGGCACAGCAUGUCCCAGCAUCCUGUCGAAGAACCUUCCCACUGCUGAGCUGUGGCCAGGGUUUCACCCGUGUUGCCAGGGCCGGCCAAGCUGGCCCAGCCUGGAGCUGGCACUGUGCAGUCUUGCCCGGGGCAGGGGAGGGCCUUCCACCUCAGGGCCUCUCCCCUCAUUGCCAUUGUCAUCGCUCUGUGUUUCUACUAAUCAAUAAUAAAAGAUUCAGAAGUU